CCAUCACCAGCAGACGAAGGUGGUGGCGCACCAGAUGACGAUAGCAAAUCUUCGUCGGAACAGGAGCGACAACCGGUAGAUCCGGAGCCACCAGCACCGACUCCAGAAGUAGAUGAUCCGUCUCCCUCGGGUGGGGCAGGAGACGGCGAGGACGCUACAGCUCCCUCGGCGGAACAGGAUCAACAAAAUGAAACUACACCCGCUGUUCCGCAAGAAAUUGAAGUCGGUUCGUCAAUCCGGCUGCAGGAGUUCGAGUCUCCCCAAGCGUAUUGCGUAAAGUCCGGUUUCCAAAAGUCCGUCGCCUGUCCGGACAAAGUCCCUCCGCUUUUAGAGGAGUUGCGAAAUGCAAAUAACAAGAUUGAAAGGUACAGCAACCACAUAUCCGUGCCAAUCGUGUGCGCACCUAUCAAAACCAACCAAGGCGACAAUAACGCGGGCAACAUUUGCGAGCCAAACGACGUCUGUCGACUUACCGAAAGAGACGGGUUUAACGCACCGAAAUGGUACUACGAAGGCUACUCGCUUUCCGGCGAGGAGCACGCAAAGAAGCGGGGGGAGGAGGUGUGUCUGCCCCGACCCUGCGACGAGAUCGUUUUCACCUCCUCAACCACGGAUGCCGAGAUUGCCCGGCGGUACCGGAUAUGCAUGAAUGUCGAACGGUUAAGCGCGAACGCGAAGCACACCGACGAAGGGAAAGCGUUCGGAGACUACCUGUGUCGCUACAGCGAGCAGUCCAACAGCUGCAAGAUCGUGCCCGUGAAGAGCCCCUUGUUCGACGAGGAAGUGCAAGCGGACGCGAAAAAUUUUUUCUCCGAAUUGUGGCAGUCCGUGUUUGACAUGAGCUACGUGCAGCGGGCGCAGAACGAGGCGGCGCGGAUGGAAGUGGUUUACAAUAAAGCGAUGGACGCUUUCCAAAACUCGAUGAGGAUCAUGGAUAUCAAGGCGAAGCAGUACCGGAGGAGGGUGCAGAGUGUUUUGGAUGCGGCACAGAAAAUCGCGAAUGUGGAUUUACCGAGGUUGACAAAGUUGGGCACUGGUACUACAGGCGGCGACACGACUUCAUCUGACAGGAACCUUCCGGCGGGACCGUCAGCCGCGAGUAGUUUGCAACUUGCUGACAGCACAGGAGAUGGACUACGUCAUGCAGAUGAUGUUGAUCAAGAAGAUUUCUUCUACGGCGACAGCACUACCAGAUCUGCUUCCACCGCGCCGAGGCAUCGCGGACACGAAAGGUUGAGUACUAGAGGCGGAGUUGGUGGUCCGGAUGAAAUGCAGCUGCGCCACGUUGUAAAACCGAGUCUCCGGAGAACUACAAAGGGGCAGAACAAGAAAAAAACUAGGAACUUACCGGAUCAUGGUGACAUCGAGGGCAGUUCAUUUACGGAAGUAGACAGAAGUGCGGACGACGGGGAUGGGCCGCUACCUGACAGUGAUGGGGACGACGACCAGGAUACCGUAUCAAAUGCAAAAAUGUCUGGGUCUGGAAGAUUGCCAGGUUUGUCAUGCAUGUUUUGAAUUACCCAUGAUGUCUGUGAUGCAUGCCCUAGCAUCACAGAUUUUUAGAAGACUUUGCGAUGCCUCUACCGCAUGAGAAAUGCCCUCUCCACGUAGCACAAACUGGAGGCCUUUUGCUGGUCAUGCAAUACAAACUUUUCUGGAAUCCAGAGACAGCAUGACAAGUUUAGAAUUUUCCAGACCCAGACAUUUUUACAUUUGAUAUACCGCAGAAACAGACGAUGAUCGGCGAGAGGUACUGCACAAGUAUGGAAGCGUCAGGUUUGAAAUCGUCAAAGUUGAAAUAAUUUGUAAUGCAUAAAAUGCAUGACCCGAGGUAUGUGCGUUGCAGAGCAGGCAAGUGAGGCCGAUUGUAAGCCUGUUUGGGGUUACAGCUCGAGCUGCUAAAGUAGCAUGAGAAAAUCGCUCUUCUUUGCCUAAACAGCACGACAAACUGGAUUUAAGGGCCGCCAAGAUUUGUCAUGCGCCACUUAGAAAGUGGGUUCCAACUGGCAUCCAUUUUAUGCAUGGCAAAUUAUUUCAACUUUGUCGAUUUCAACUCUGACACAUCCAUAACAAGCUGCAGGCGCGUAAGAGCUCCUCCCCGUCUUUACAUACAGGCCCGUCUCAUGCCACAAGAACCGCCAGGGCGAAGCGAAGAAAGGGGAGAACAAGCGGACCUCAAACACGGAGCAGGAGCUCUAGCAAUCGACCAAGUUCCGUUUUGCAGAAAGGCGAGGACGGGGGCGCGGCGGAGGAUGAGCAUGAACACGACGACGGUGGGGAGGACCACGAGUGGCACGAAGGCGGAGAGGACGAAGGCGAGGAGCACGAACACGAGCAUGAAGACCAUGAAGGCUGGGAGGAGGAUGCAGAUCAUGAUGAGCAUGGUGCUACAGAAGAUGGUGCUACUAGUACAACAUCUUCACCCGCGCCAGAAAAAUCUGCCCCGCCGACCGAUGCUAAUCCUUCCCCUGCCCCCACCCCCACCGCCGCGGGCGGCGCCGGAGACAGGGGCACUGCGAGUUCAACAACUUUCCGUGCCCGGAAAGUGCCUUCCUGGUUCCAGGGGGAGCAGGCGAACAUGGAAGAAAAGGACCCGGCUAUGCAACGUAAAUUUAUUCCUGUGCAUGUACAAAAACAAAAUGCAUGACAAAUUUCGCUUCCUUGCAGAGCCCAGCUUGUCAUGCUGCACUAGGAUUGAAGGCAAGUUUUGUCAUGCAGAAACCACAUUUGUACGUGUACGGAAAAUUUACUGUGGAUACCGGCCAUCACCAACGCACUGGAAAACGAGUACCCGAGGGUGCAACAGGCUCUGAAGCAGGGGUCGGUGACCGGUGGCGCGGGCUCGAAAGACGAGGACAUUGACGCCAGCGACUUGCGCAUCGAGCUGCCCUCGGGCGACCUAAUGAUGACGGCGCAGAUAUGCAUUGCAAAAGUAUCGUACUCGUACUAGUUGCAAACAUGCAUGACAAAUCUUCCUCCUAAGGUAAAACAGCAUUACAAAUUGCAUUUUUCUUCUUGACAAACUUUGUGAUGCAAUUCAUACUAGUACGAUACUUUUGCAAUGCAUAACAGAAGCAGAUUGACAACAUGGUCGCACGGGACUACAAGCGGCAGCACGCGAGGGAAGCAGAGCUGGAGAAGGAAUUGCAGGCCGAAAAGGAAUAUGCAAUGCAAAAGCAUCGUAAUCGUCGUAUAGAUACAGGUCUCGCAGCAUGACAGAUCUGCUCUUUUAUCUUACUUUGCAUAACAAGUUCAAUAUUUUUUUUUGGACAAAUCUGUCAUGCAAGUACUACUAGUGUAAGUGUUCGAUGCUUUUGCAUCGCAUAAGGAACGGCAGAAGGCAGUGAAGGAGAAGCUGAGCCCGGUGGAAACGGAGUUAGAGCUUCUGAAAAAAGAACGCGAAGAGUGGAAACAGGAACGGAGAGAGUUGAAAGACGACCUGAAAGACCUGAAAAAGGAAGUCAAGGAGCAAAAGGAAAAAGCGGAAAGCGCGGUUGGCGGAGGCGAGCAUGAGAAAAAAGGGGCUAGUACUCCCGAGCAAGACGAGGAGGAGAAGAAACCGGACAAAUCAUCUGACAAGGUCGCUGAAAAAGAUAAAGGCGAAGACCAACAUCAUGAUGAGGAGGAGGAGCACCACGAGCGCGACGGUGAAGCUGAUUCCGCUAGAAGUAAAAAAGACGAACACCCCGCCAAGACAUGGAAGCCGUACCGAGAAAAAGAGCACAACAAGGAUGCCGACAAGGCUGACACGAAAGACGAUGAUAAAGACAAGAAGAUAGAUCGCGUUACCGGGGAAGAUAUCGCGAAAGACGAGCAGCGGGAGCAAGACUACGAAUCUGCGAAAGACAAAUCGGAACAAAGCGAGGAUGCUGCGCAGCCGGAAAAGGAAGUGGAGAUAGACCCUGACGCAGCUGCCGACGCAAAAGGGAAGUCCGAUCUGAUGAAAAUCAUUCCCGAACAAGUCGUGGAGAUUGCGGAUGGCGCUGGUGGUGAUCAUGCGGGGGUGAAGAAGUGAUCGCCACGACCGAGGAGAGGAACUGUGAAAAGUUGUAGAGAUUAACAUGAUGGGAAUGGGUGUCCUCAUGCGGCCUCAUACGAAUAUGCACGGUCGUUCGCAAGAAUCGCAGAGUACUCAAAAGAACCACAUUGCAGAUCAUACAUAGAUACAGCUAUCGAGAAGAUAAGAGUCCGCCGAGUCCGUGGUCAUUCAGCUUGGUACAGCUCCCAUACCAGAUUGAUCCGUGGCGUUGAUUCUUGUUGUGUGUUGGAUGUUGUUUCACUGUCAACAACGGAUUGCAAGGACCACUUUAUCCGUGUCAGUGAAUUUAAUUGAUGGUGUUUGAGAAAGUUCAUAAGAAUCGCCCUCGCGCUCUGCUCUCUUCGCAGUUUAAGUAGUUAUUCGACAUCGAAAGAGAUGAAAAAAUUGCAAAAGUGUUGAUUUUCAGAGCAGACAGAGAUGAUCAAAGUGGUGCAAACGCAGCAGGG